AUGCGCGAGGCGCACGUGUUCGACAAAUUUAAAAAAUAUGUUUUUUUUUCUAAUUGACAUUGUAGAUAUUUAGUAGCAGCAAAGGAUUUAAAAGCCGGUGAACGGAUCCUAUCUGACCAGCCCUUUGUACUGGGUCCUAACAGUGACACGUCGCUUGUAUGCUUCAACUGUUAUCUGCCACUGAUUAGCAAGUUCCUCGUCUGCAAGAACUGUGCAGUCGCACCGGUGUGUCCAGGUGACGGGUGUCCGGAACAAUUUCAAAAAAAGUGGCACACGCAGCCAGAAUGUGAAUUCUUCCGGAACUUGAAACUUAACAAAGGAAUAAGUCCUAUGACGAUGGUUCAAAACGUCGGCUCCUUACUGGUGCUACGAGCGUUAUUGAAAAGAGACUUUAACAACCAGGAGUGGAAAGUUUUCAUGGAAUUGGAGACGCAUUUAGACAGGCGGAGAGGAAGUAACGUUUGGGAAUAUUACAAUAAUACAGUUAAGUUUAUUCAAUCACUCGGACUCCUCGACAAUGGUCAAAAUAAAGAUUUAGUACAAAAGGUAUGUGCGGCAAUUGAUGUAAAUAGUUUCGAAGUACGUGGGCCUCCCAUACCCGCUAUAGAGUGUGCGGAAAUCCUGCGAGGUGUCUAUCUACAGGCUGCUCUGUUAGCGCACGACUGUGUUGCCAACACACAUAUAUCGAUUAAUGACAGGAAUGUGCUCGUCUGUCACGCCAGUACCGAUAUCAAGAAAGGAGAUCUUAUAUAUCAUAAUUAUACGGAUGCUUUAAAGGGAACGACAUUAAGACAACAACAUCUCAUGGUAGGAAAAUAUUUCCUUUGUACUUGUUUCCGGUGUUCGGAUGUAACGGAAAUGGGCACAUAUAUGAGCUCAGCGAUUUGUUCCAAUUGUAAAAACGGAUAUGUGUCGAAGAAAGGUGAUAUUUGGGAUUGCAACAGUUGCGGGAAGGAAACCGAGAAAUCGGAAAUCGAAUAUAAGAUACAGUGUUGUUCGGAUAAAUUUGAAGUUAUAAAUAAAAAAGACGACAAAGAUCUUGAGGAAUAUAUUAAAAACGUUUCAUUAGUACUAGCGCCUAAUCAUUAUUUACUUUUGGACGCUAAGCAGCGUCUUGCUGGUGUUUUGCGAGACAUUAUCAACAGAGAGCCGCGACCAACUAAGAAAGUGAUGCGACGUAAGAUAGAUCUUUGUAAGGAAAUAUUACCCGUACUUGAGGUACUCAGUCCUGGUAUUUGUAGGACUAAAGCUAUUACUUUAUACGAACUACAUGCUACGACGGUGCAACUUGCAAAAAAAAUGUUCGAUGCGCGUGAAAUAUCCGGUUCCGCUUAUGUGGACGAGUUACUGAAUGCAGAGAAAUAUUUAAAGCGAUCGUUAGAAAUGUUGGUGAUUGAACCUGGAAAUUCUCCCGAAGGGGAGCUGUGCGCCAAAGCAUUGGAAGAAUACAGAGCACUAAAAUUGUCGAUGGCAAAACUUUUGGAUGCUAUGCAUGCACAGGGAAAAACGUACCAGACCGAAAAUAUAUCAGAAGUGUCAACCCAUCCUGAUGUUGACUAAUAUUUGGCAUAACAAUGUUUGAUAUCAUAUAAAAGAUUAUUUAAUUGUAAAAUGUAAAGUUUUCUAUUUGUGAUGAUUUUUAAA